CACACAGGCAGGAGUCGCUGCUCUGGCUGGACGGCAGCGCAAGGUUCUCAGCUUGGUAUCCUCCAGGAUGUUCUUUUGAGGCUGAUCGGAGUUGUUUGGUGCACUUUCCUCGCUCUGUACUGUUCUGUUUUUGUUCGAAGUUUGGGUGUCGGAUGACUGGACGCUGCACUCUCAGGCAGGCCUUUGAUGGACAACUGAGAAUUCAUUUCAGGAAUGAAGAAGUGAACCACCAUCGAUCACAGUCAUGGCCGUCCAGACUGGCAUUCAGGUAUGGUUCGGUGAGAAAUUCGAUGCCCCGUUGCUGAGUCCCAGGAGUCCUCGCAGCCCGUUAGCACAAAGACACGGCCCCGGCCUCGCAGACGUCUUCCAGUACGACCAGUGGCUGGCUGUGCGACAUGAAGCCACUCUGGUGCCCAUGCAGGAGGAUCUGGCCAUCUGGCUCACUGGCAUGCUGGGAGAGGAAGUGAGAGCAGAGUUCUUCAUGGAGGACCUGAAUAACGGAGUGAAGCUCUGCCAGCUUAUUGGCGUGCUGCAGACCAAGAUCGCCGAGAGCUGCCCCUCUGCGCUCUGCAAGCUGUUCCCCACGAGGAAGGUUGCUUGUAAGCGGGACGCCUCUCCAGGUUCCUUCUUUGCUCGUGACAACACAGCAAACUUCCUGGCCUGGUGUCGCCACAUCGGUGUGGAGGAGACCUACCUGUUUGAGUCUGAGGGCCUCGUGCUGCACAAAGAGCCUCGGCAGGUUUGCCUCUGUCUGCUGGAAAUUGGCCGCAUCGUCUCCAAGUAUGGAGUGGAGCCUCCUGUCCUGGUGAAACUGGAGAAGGAGAUCGAGCUGGAGGAGACUCUGCUGAUGACGGAGGAGCCGCCUCCAGCUGUCAAAACUUUCAGCGUUUGCUGCCAACACGGCGGCCUCUACCAGCCCGGGGAGCACGGCAUGGACGACCCUCCCUGCAACUGCUCCAACAGAGUGUCCAUUGAGUACCUGUCAGAGGGCCGCUACAGACUGGGAGACAAGACCCUCUUUAUACGGAUGCUUCAUGGGAAACACGUGAUGGUUCGUGUCGGCGGCGGCUGGGACACGCUGCGAGGCUUCCUUACAAAAUAUGAUCCUCUGCGUGUGCUGCAGUUCACCACCCUGGAGCAGAAGAUCCUCGCCUUCCAGAAAGGUCCACCUGGUCUUGGAGGUCACCAUGGCAAUGCAGCCCCGCCUCCUCCUCCUGACAUGGACCCCCUUGCUGCUGUCAAUGACCUCAUCUCCUCCUCCUCAUCGUCUUCCUCCUCCUCCUCCUCCUCCUCAUCUUCCUCCAGCUCCACCUGUAAGCCGAUGAACGCUGCCGGUCAGACGUGUCGGUCCUAUACCCCCUCCCCAUCCUGCACCCCCACCCUGUCCAGGAAGGGGUCUGUCGCAGCACCUAAAAAGAUCCUCCAGGGGACGCCGUCCUCCCCCAGGAAGCCCACACAGCUGCCCCUCCCCAUCACCACCAAAGGCUCCUCCUCGCUGCCCACCACCCCUGUAGGAGCGUCUAAACAGACCCCCAGCCCGAGUAGCAGCCAGGGUUCUCAGGUUCCUCGCCGAGCUCUGACUCCAUCCUCUGCCCCUGCAGACCCAAACCCGGCCUCCAAACUCAAGCUCAAACCAUCACCACGUGGCCCCGCCUCCCAGCCUCGAAGCCCUGUCUGCCCUGAACCGUCCUCCAAAUGCCCCAAACCUUCCACACCAUGCACCUCCCCCACUGUCUCCUCAGUCCCCCGCCCUGUAACUGCUCCAGCGCGGGCCCCCACCCCCAAAGAUGGCCGACCUCCAUCGGGCGCCAGCCAGCGAUCUCGCCUCGCUCAGCGCCGUCCUGGUUCUCCUGCCUCACGCCUUCGGUUAGAGGCGGCAAGGCGGGCAAGGACGGCCGCAAGAGUCGCAGCAACUUCAACAAGACCUGCUGCGUCUGCCCCCCAAACUCGCUGCCCCACUCCCAGUUCACGGACCGUCUCACCAGCGCUCCCAAAGGCGACCUGCCCCCUACCCAAGAGCAAAGAGGUCACAGCCAAAGCAAAGGCUCAGGCUCCAACUAAAGCCACCGCUGCUCCUCCACGCAGCAACACAGCCAUCCCCGGGCGGGUCCUGGGUGCCAACACAAGCCCUUCUCCGACCAGCAGAGCCAAUCAGAAAACACCCGCCACAGCACAGAGGACGGGGCGAAAACAAACCGCCAACACCACCAAUGAGAAAUCCAGUCUGAAACCUGAACUGUCCCCAGCACCAUCCCUGACCCCACAGAAAACCACCCCUAACGUCAAAGCAGUGAAGACUGAGCCAACCGUCCGAAAGAAGAUCCCGCAGUACAUCGGGAAGAGCGAGGACGCUUACUUUGAGAUGAACAGCAGGAGGAAGCAGAGGGCGUAACGGGACGUCCUCUCUGAGGAUGAUCACGCAGCAGCAGCACUUGUUGGACUCUUAGAAAAAAAAAAGAAUCUCGUCACUAAUCCGAUCCACAAAGCUUCGUUUUUGACCAUUGUUUCGUCUCCAAAUUAAUUGUUUUGUUUUUGUAUGUUAUUUAAUAGUCUUUUAUUUUUUUAAUCCAAAGGGUCAAUGAUGGCAUGCUUUAUAUGUUCAUUGUUGUGAUUUAAUGGUAAUUUUUUAAAAAAUAUCAGCUCCAUUAACUGCUAAAUAUGGUGGCUGAUGAGGGCAAAAACCUGCAACUGCAAACGGAUUUUAAAAAGGAGAAACAGGCUGCAAAUUCAAGAAUAAAUGCAAAAAUUGUAAAGAAAUAAUUGUCAAAAUACUGGAAUUGUAAACUUUAAAUUUCUCUGCUAAAAAUCAAACGAUAAUGAAACUGUUAAUUUCGUUUGCCAAAACUUACUAAAAACGCAAAAAUUUGAUGCAAAAAUGAUCCAGUUGCUUUUGCAUCUGUCAUUGAAAAUGUUUUGGUCUUUUGCAUGCAUUUCUACAUUUUCAGCACAUUUCUCCUUGUUGAAAUGUUUUUGUCCUUUGCAGUAAAAUGUCCCUCCUCAGCCACCGUAGCAUAACACUAAAACUUGCACAAUGUUUACAUUCUUAACUCUGUUACAUUUAAUGAUACAACUUUUUUAAAUAUCAAAUGAUAGAGUUAUGUAAUAUAAUCAUGUUGAACACUAACCUCAGUACUUUUUUAGCUCUACAGUCAAAAAUGGGACACAGCCAUGACUCGAUGCACUUAGUCAAACAUUAACAGGACAAGGUCAGUUUUAUCACUGGAAAAGCAACAGUCUUGUUUUUCCUCCACAUUACCAAAGUUGUGAAGACUUCAGUGACACAACUGGAACUCUACUGGUUUAUUUUCCAUCCCAGUGAGAAUAAACUUUCCACUGGUGGGGGGUCAGACGUUUAACUUUUUGUAUAUCUCAGUGGGAGGAGCAGACCUCCCCUUCGUGUGCCUUCAUCAGAGAUGUGGUCUCUGAGCGGCAGUAGAAUGUAUUAGAUGAUCCGGGGUGUUAUUAUGGGGUGGAGGGGUGGGUUACUGGUUUUUAAAGAUGACUAUUGCACAGUGUGUACAAGCACUCUCUUCGUCAGAGUUGCCGAUGAACUACUGAUCAAAAACGCCUCUUUUCUUUUGAACAGGAAAUCCUUUUAGAGCUUCUUGGUAGAGACUUGUUUUUAUAUGGUUUCUAAUGUUUUCUGUGGAUUAAAAUCUAGUUUUCUAUGUGGUGUUUGUGUAUAUGAGUGUGUGUAUGUGUGUGCAGUAAAUAUAUCAUCGGUGAGGCUUUUUGUUCUUGUUUGGCACUUUACAGAAACCGCUGUUUGUCUGGAUUUGAAUGUUGAUUCUGUCGAUUGUGCUCCAGCUACCUGUUUGUCAUUUGAUUAAUAAAUGGACAAGUGUUUUAAAGGUCAA